AUGUUCGAAGCCCUCUACGAAAAGCAGAGUGUAGCCAAAGUGUUCGGAGUCGUGUUCAAAGAAGAACUUGAAGCUUGUGGCUUCGAAAGUGACGCUGACAUUGCGGAACGUCUUUAUGCUCAGUAUAAAGACAGACGACCCAAAGACUGGACUGUCAUUUCCGAACCUCCUCGUAGCCUAAGCGAAGAUCGGCGAAGAGCAAUGCUGAAGCAAAAGAUCAUGUCAAGUGCCGAAUGUCUUCACCUACACCUGCAGGGAUCCGGAACUAUCCUUUCCAAAACUCAAGCGAAGGAGGGCGCUAGGCAAGAUCGAAUUCGCAUUGAUAAAGUGACGAAACCAACAAAAUCCAUGGUCAAUACACAGGCCUUGGCCAAGCGCAAGACAGCCAAAGGACAGCAUUUCCCAACAACACCACAUCUUAGGGAUGACGGCAAGACUAUCGACGUAUCGCCUCGCGGAUUAGCCAAGAUUCGACGACCUGUUUUCCCAGUCACCGAAGUCGAGGCACACCUCGACACCAUCCAAUCAAACGGAGUUCUGUGGCGAUUUUUUAUAGACCAAGGACCCACAAGUCGGAACAGCAGCAACGGCUUCACUUCCCGCAAGCACUUUGGGGUACAGUCUCUAUAUGAUGACGAUCCGGGCCCUGCACACAGUCACUCUGUUGAUAUAUUCCACCACCUGGACCGAAACGUCAAGUUUCUCUCGCCAUAUGUCGGUUGCAGUAACGUACUGAUUUGGUCUAUCGUAAAUGCGUAUAAGAAGAAGCUCGAGCCAGGAAACAAUAAUGUUUCGUGGGCAAUCAUCGAUCGACAGCAAUUUUCUAAACAUCAUAUUUUCCACGCAAAGUCAUACCGCGAAGCUCCUGCGAAUCAGCAUCUCUUCAGCUACGGUGGUCAUCGAUGUCCUACGAUCUCCGAAUUUCUGGUCUGGCGCACGAUCCCAAAACAAGCGAUACUGCAAACCAUCACUAUCAAUGAGCUUUGUCAAGAAAUUGAGAAUGAUUCAGACAUGAAGAGAAUUUUCCGUCUGGAGAAGCUUUUUCGUAAGAGAGGGCGGAAAGACGUUGAACCUACUCUCAGAGACGAUCUCAAGGCCGACCAGAUUCCGCUUUCUUCUGAAAGAGGAAAAGAUACAGUGUCUGGGAUUGCCAAGUUCGUGCUUCUAACAGGCGUAGGAUAUUAUCCUUCUGGCAUUCGACACGUCGUCUCGGACAUCAUCCACGGCUUUUGCAUCCAACCUCAGAAAGGAUCACCCGAAGAUUGGUUUGCCCUCUCCGAGCAAUUUCUAAACGCUUUAACUCUACACGGUAGCUUAGCAUUGUCGCAUUUCAAUCGAGAUAAAGCAAGAAUCGCAUUCCUGCAGGGAGUCCAAUUUGGCUUUGCAAGCCCCAACAUUGCGCACAAAGAGAUCAGGAAAUUGCAAAAGAGAUGGGCGGAAGUCGGGCUCUCUUCAUUACAGCCCAUUCUCAACUGCGAGAUGAAAUUGAUGGCCGCGAGACAUCAGGAACUACUCAUCUAUAAUCAAGCUGUACAUCAGCAGCUUGAGCGACAUCAGCAAAGUCUCGAGUCAGUGACAGCAGCAAGAGUUCGAGCUAUUGCCCCUGGAUUCAUGCCUGUAGAACGGAGUAGGUAUUUCCUGCAACCCGGUCUGGCCCAACCGGAAGAUGAAGUUGAUAGCGAUAUGGGGGAUGACAGUGCCGACAAUGAUAGUGAGGAUGACAGCGAUGUGGCCUACGAUUGGCGUGACAAUCUUAUGCAGCAGAUGUAA